AUGAAGAUAAUUAAUAUAUUAAUAUAUUUAUAAAGUAAACAAACUCUUCUCCCGCAAUCAUUUGCUCCCUUCCUCUCUCUCAACGAACCAAACAGCCCCCGCUGCUCUUCUCUUGGUGUUGUUGUUGUUGUUGGAUCGGAGAGAACCAAACACCAUGGUUGAGACCAGGCGCAGUUCCUCUUACUCCAAGCGCAGCUCCUCUUACUCCGACCGCACCCUCCCCGCCUCUAGUCCCCCCUCCUCCAAAAGAUCCAAGGUGGCUAUAGCAGAGGCUUCAUCCCUAGUAAAUGGUGAAACGGUUGCGCUGCCGGUUGAAACCCAAAUUCCGGCCAAGGAAUCCGUGUCUGCACCUCGAGACAGCGAGCUGCAAUCCUCUGAUCCGCAGGUAACAGUCGCUUUAGAGUCCACUCCUGCUGAUGAGACAUCUCCUGAUAUCGAAGGCGAGGGCUUGAUUUCGACGAAGCCUCUAGGUGAAACUACCCUGAAUGUUGAGAUGUCCAAGACUGUUGACACGGUUCUGAAUCGGGCGAGGAAGCGGCCAUCAAAGUCCGCGCCAACAAAACCAGCAAAAAAGAAACUGUCUGAGAAGCCUGCCUGGGGCAAGCUACUUUCCCAGUGCUCCCAGUACCCUCACAAGGAAAUGCGUGGCACUCUUUUCACUGUUGGUCGAAAUCGUAGUUGCGAUUUAGUGCUCAAUGAUCCAUCCAUCAGUGGCAUUUUAUGUAAGCUAAAACAGUUAGAGAAUGGAGGUAUAUCGGUUGCCUUGUUGGAAGUCACUGGGGGUAAAGGAGCAGUUCAAGUUAAUGGUAAGCUUCUACAAAAACCUGGCAUGAUAGUGAUUAAUGGAGGAGAUGAAGUAGUAUUCAGUUCUUCUGGCAAACAUGCUUAUAUUUUUCAGCAGCUCACUAAUGAUAGCUUAAGUUCUCCAGACAUGCCUUCAGAAAAUAUCUUAGAAGCCCAAGGUGCCCCCCUAAAAGGAAUUCAGAUUGAGGCGAGAUCUGGUGAUCCCUCAGCUUUUGCGGGAGCAUCAAUACUGGCCUCUUUAUCUGAUUUUCAAAAAGAUUUAUCUCUUCUAUCGCCUCCUGCCAAAGCUGGUGAGGAUUUGCAGCAAAAGGCUGAGAUUUCCACUGUACCUUCUGUUUGUGGAGCACCUAACAACUGCAUUCCAGAAGUUGUCAUGAAGAAUAGCGCAAGUAAUAAUGAGCUGGCUGGUUUUUCUUCAAGGGAGAAAACUAUUGUUCCAUCCUCUAAUUCGGCCAGUCAAAACCCAAAUCUUGAUGGUCUUGGGCUGGAUGCUACUGUUGAUGCAGGAAACAGAAAGAUUGCUGGAUCAGCCUAUGAAUUAAGGCCGCUUUUUCAGAUACUUGCAGGUUCUUCUGAAUUUGAUUUGAGUGGUAGCAUUUCCAAAAUACUUGAUGAGCAAAGGGAAAUAAGAGAGCCCUUCAAUGUUCUAGAUUCUCCAACAGUUCUGAUGUCAACCAGAAGGCAAGCAUAUAAAGAUAGUUUACAACAGGGAAUUUUAAAUCCUGAAGGAAUUGAUGUUUCAUUUGAUAGUUUUCCAUAUUAUCUAAGCUUUCUUACCAGUGAAACAACAAAGAAAGUUUUGAUAGGUGCUGCAUUCAUUCAUUUAAAGUGUGACAAAAAAGUUCCAAAGUUUUUCUGUGAUCUUCCUACUGUGUCCCCACGCAUAUUAUUAUCUGGUCCUGCAGGAUCAGAAAUAUAUCAAGAGACACUAGUAAAGGCACUUGCCAAAGAUGUUGGUGCUAGACUGCUGGUCAUUGAUUCAUUUCUGUUACCUGGGGGAUCAACGCUUAAAGAAGCUGACUAUGUGAAAGAAAGUACAAGGCCUGAAAGAGCAUCUGUUUUUGCCAAAAGAGCUGUCCAGGCUGCAUUUCAUCACAAGAAACCAACUUCUAGUGUUGAGGCUGAUAUUACUGGUGGCUCCACAAUAAGCUCUCAGGGUUUGCCGAAGCCAGAACCUUCUACUGCAUCAUCCAAAAGCUAUACUUUUAAAACAGGUGAUAGAGUAAAGUUUGUGGGGUUACCUUCUCUGCAGAAUCCUCCAAGGGGACCGGCGGUUGGUUUUCGAGGCAAGGUAGUCCUUGCUUUUGAAGAAAAUGGAUCCUCAAAGAUCGGGGUUAGAUUUGAUAGAUCUAUUCCAGAAGGCAAUGACCUUGGUGGUCUCUGUGAAGAAGACCACGGUUUCUUUUGUGCUGCUAAUUCACUUCGCUUGGAUGGUCCUGGAGGUGAAGAUGUUGAUAGGCUUGCUGUUAAUGAACUCUUUGAGGUUGCCUUAGAUGAAAGUAAACGUGGUCCUUUAAUAUUGUUUGUGAAAGACAUAGAAAAGUCUAUGGUGGGGAAUCAAGAUGCAUACACUGCUUUAAGGAGUAAGCUUGAAAAUUUGCCUGAAAGAGUGAUCAUAAUUGGUUCACAUGUUCAGAUGGACAUUCGUAAAGAGAAGUCUCAACCUGGUGGUCUUUUAUUUACAAAGUUUGGAAGCAACCACACUGCUUUACUUGAUCUUGCAUUCCCGGAUAACUUCGGUCGACUGCAUGAUAGGAGCAAGGAAACUCCUAAAACUAUGAAGCAACUUGGACGGCUUCUCCCGAACAAAGUGACAAUACAGCUACCUCAGGAUGAAGCUUUACUUUCGGACUGGAAGCAGCAGUUGGAGCGUGAUAUUGAAACUCUGAAAGCACAGGCCAACAUUUUUGGCAUUCGUUCGGUUCUCAGCCGAGUUCGUCUGUGUUGCCCUGACCUUGAGACUCUGUGUAUUAAAGAUCAAGCCCUUGCAACUGAAAGUGUAGAGAAAAUAGUUGGUUGGGCUUUAAGUCACCACUUCAUGCAUUGUUCUGAAGCUUCUGUCAAAGAAGGUAAACUCGUGAUAUCCACUGAGAGCAUCAAGUAUGGGUUGAGCAUUCUGCAGGGUAUUCAAAGUGAGAACAAGAGCUUGAAGAAAUCACUGAAGGAUGUAGUCACUGAGAAUGAAUUUGAGAAGAAACUUUUGGCAGAUGUUAUUCCUCCUAGCGACAUUGGAGUGACCUUUGAUGACAUUGGAGCAUUAGAAAAUGUGAAGGAUACCUUGAAGGAACUGGUGAUGCUUCCUCUUCAGAGGCCUGAAUUAUUUUGCAAGGGACAGCUGACUAAGCCUUGUAAAGGAAUAUUACUUUUUGGGCCUCCUGGUACUGGCAAAACAAUGCUUGCUAAGGCGGUUGCAACUGAGGCUGGUGCAAACUUUAUAAACAUUUCUAUGUCAAGCAUUACAUCAAAGUGGUUUGGUGAAGGAGAGAAGUAUGUCAAGGCAGUCUUCUCCUUGGCUAGUAAAAUUGCUCCUAGUAUUGUUUUUGUUGACGAGGUGGAUAGCAUGCUUGGUAGACGUGAAAAUCCUGGAGAACACGAGGCUAUGCGUAAAAUGAAGAAUGAGUUUAUGGUGAACUGGGAUGGUCUACGUACAAAGGAUAAAGAACGGGUAUUAGUGCUUGCUGCUACAAACAGGCCUUUUGACCUUGAUGAGGCUGUUAUUAGGAGGCUUCCCCGGAGAUUAAUGGUCAACUUGCCAGAUGCACCUAACAGAGAGAAAAUUUUGAGGGUUAUCCUAGCCAAAGAGGAAUUGGCCCCUGAUGUUGAUUUGGAAGCAGUUGCAAACAUGACAGAUGGUUACUCUGGAAGUGAUCUAAAGAAUCUGUGUGUUACUGCUGCUCACUGUCCCAUUCGGGAAAUAUUGGAGAAAGAAAAGAAGGAGAGAACUUUGGCUUUGGCAGAGAACAGAACCGUAUCUACAAUGCAUAGCAGUUCUGAUAUCCGUCCUCUUAAAAUGGAGGAUUUUAAAUAUGCACAUGAACAGGUGUGUGCAAGUGUAUCAUCUGAGUCUACAAAUAUGAAUGAGCUCCUCCAAUGGAAUGAUCUAUAUGGAGAAGGUGGAUCAAGAAAGAAGAAAUCACUCAGCUAUUUUAUGUAAAGGACUUGUAUUUUUGUAUAGCAUUUCAUGCUUUCAAGUUUAUUCAUCAUCACCUCAAUAGGUGGGUUAGAGUAGGGGCUGUUAUUUAUGGGAUUACAUUGUAGGUUCUAUUCCCCACUGUAUUACAUAAUAGGUUUUGAGUUAUUCGGUGUAGAAAUUUUACAAUGUUUAACCAACCGGGUAACCAUUGGCCAA